UGCUGUUGAAAAAUCUAAACAUUUAAGUAAUGAUAAUUUGGAUAUUGAAAAUUCUCUAAUUGAAUUAGCUUAUCAACGUUUGCCACUUUUACAUGCUGAAAAUAAUAAUAUAACAACAGCUAUUGAAAUAUAUCGUUCAUAUAUUCAAAAUGUUCAUAUUAAAUCAUUAGAAACAAUGAGACAAACAUUAAUUAAACAAUACGCCGAAUUAUUAUUAAAAUGUGUUUGUAAAGGAAAUUAUAUUCUAAUAACAAAUUCUGAUGAUGAUAAUAAUAAUAAUAAUAAUAAUCGUCGAACAUCUCAAUCAUUAUUUAUUCCUCGAGAUGUUGAUGAAGAAAUUUUGUUAUUAUUAUUAUUGGGUCAAACAUCAACAUUAAAUGAAGCUGUACUUGAUUGGCAACCUGAACAUGAAGGUCAAAGAGAACGUAGUCAUCAAGCUGCUUAUAAUAUUCUUGCUCUUUUAUCGAUAUUUCUUUCUCGUAAACAAGCAUUUCAUAUUAUUGCUGAUUCUUAUGAACAAGCUCUUCGUUUUUCAUUUGAACAUUUUCAAACAUGGUUUAAUUAUGGAUUAUCAUUAAUAUCAUCAGGUCAAUCAUUUCGUGCUUAUCUUAUAUUAAAAGAAUGUCUUCGAAUGCAACAAAAAAAUAUUCAAGUUUAUUUACAACUUGCUAAAAUAAUACUUGAAUAUAUUUAUGAUUUUCCAUCAUUAUUUGAAACAUUUCCAUCAAGUGGCGAAGAUGGACAACCACUAUCAAAACAAACAUUAAAUCAACAUGUUUAUUAUUUAAAUCAACAUGAACAACGACCUAGAUUUAUUGAUCUUAUUGAUGAAGCAAUUGAUUAUUGUCAACAAGCAAAAAACCUUGAAAAUCCUUCAUUUCCACGUUCACUUGUUCUUCUUGCUAUAGCAAAAUCAUUUAAAGCUCGACAAACAUCAAUUCAUAAUGAUCGUCAAGCACUUUUUCAAUCAGCUAUUAUUGAUCUUCGAGAAUCAAUUGAACUUGAUCCAUAUGAUUCCAUAGCACAUUUUCAUCUCGCUCAUAAUUUAUCUUUUCUCAAUCAAGUUUGA